AUGAUUCUACGCAAGACAAUUCAUGAUGUGCGGUACGCAAAGAAGUACAGCGUUGCCUUGGCCAAACCGUUGUCUGAACUUUUCAAUCAACCAAAGCCAAAGUUCAAAUAUUUUGUCAAAAACCAAACUGGACUUUUUGGUGCACCGGAAUUGAUUUCAUUCGAGGGGUUUUAUGCAUUCAAGGAGCGCACAAAAAUAGAUUGUGACAAUUUAAUUGAUGAAAUAUGCAAUUCCAAUCGCAAGAGAAACCUGGUGACAAUUUUUGACCAGCUGUCCAAUAGUCUCUGUUGUCUUGCUGAUAUGGCUGAAUUCAUUCGUACAGCACAUCCAGACAAAUUGUUUGUUACUGCUGCUGAAGAUUGCUGUAUUUCCAUGAAUACUAUUGUAGAAAAAUUAAAUACUAACAAAGAUUUAUAUACAAAUUUGAAACAAGUAAUCCUAGAUGGUGAUAAACAUCCUAUGACUGAAGAGGAUCGACAUGUUGCUGAAUUAUUUUUGUUUGAUUUCGAAUUGAAUGGCAUACACUUAGAAGAAAGGAAAAGACAAUAUGUUGUUAAUUUGAAUAAUUUUAUUUUGGUUACUGGUCAACGAUUCAUGGUUGCUGCAGAAAAGCCUAGAAUUGUAGAUCCAACUGGAUUGCCUGAUGUUGUUUCUAAAGUUCUUUCUAAAGAAUAUAGCUCAGGAGGGAAGUUAAUAGUUGGACAUCCUAAUUCUCAUUCUGAAGAUCCAAUUUUGAGAGAAGCCGCAUUCAAAGUUUACAAUGGUCCAAAUAGUGAAUCAGAAGAAUUGUUGGAUAAUCUUUUAGAAAGCCGUCAUAAAUUGGCUUUGACUUGUGGAUUUCCAUCUUAUGCUCAUAGAGCUCUGAAAAACAGCAUAGCGGAAAAUCCUUAUUUUGUAAUGGAGUUUUUGAAUAUCUUAAAUACAGAGUUGAGGAUUCGGUCAGUUUUUGAUUACAAGACUAUGAAAAGAGCCAAUAACAAUAAUAUUGUAUCACCAUGGGAUGUACAAUAUUUAACUAACAAGAUUAAACAGAAUCAUCUUAAAUAUGCAAUGAUUGAUUAUGCGUCAUAUUUUUCUUUAGGCGAUUGUAUGGAAGGAUUGAAUAUGAUUUUUAAUAGUUUGUACAAUAUAAAUUUGUUAUUUGAAAAUAUAAAGCCAGGCGAAGGGUGGGCAGAACAAGUUUACAAGUUGGCUGUUACACAUAAUACAGAAGGUUUACUUGGAUACAUUUAUUGUGACUUUUUUGAAAGAACAGGAAAACUACACAAUGAUUCACAUUAUGUUGUUAGAGGAGGACGGCAGUUGCCAAAUAAUUCUUAUCAAACCCCGAUUGUAGUAGUCAUGUUAAAUGUGGUGUGGCGCGAGAAUCAUGGCCCAGUCCUUUUGCACCCAGGUUCUGUUGAAAAUUUAUUUCAUGAGUUUGGACACGCAAUACACUCUAUGUUAGGUCGGACGCGUUAUCAACAUGUCAACGGUACGCGUUGUGCAACAGACUUGGCAGAAUUUCCAUCAGUUUUAAUGGAAUAUUAUGCUACACAACCACAAGUCAUAAAACACUUUGCCAAGCACUUUAAAACUAGACAACCCAUGCCGGAAGACAUGUUGAAAAAAUUAUGCGCAUCCAAAUAUUUAUUUGCUGCUUCUGAAAUGCAGUUGCAGCUAUUUUAUUCUGUACUAGACCAAUAUUACCACACACAAGCACCACAACCAUUAAAUACAACUAAUUUGCUUGCAAAAUUGCAAGUAGAAUAUUAUGGACUGUCAUAUGUUAAAGACACGGCAUGGCAAUUACAUUUUUCACAUUUUGUUGGUUAUGGCGCAAAGUAUUAUUCGUAUUUGGUAUCAAAGGCAUUAGCAGCACACACAUGGCAUGCAUUCUUGAGCAAUGAUCCACUAAAUAGAAUUCAAGGUGAACGGUUACGUACAAAAUGCUUACAAUAUGGUGGUGGGAAACCAGCAAGAAAAUUAGUCUCCGAUUAUCUUAAAACACCAGUAACUCCAGAACUCUUAGCAUCAUCUCUAAUACAAGAUAUUGAUCAAGGCACUGAACUCUCUAAAUUGUCUUUUGCAUAA